GUAACUGCAAGCCUCCAAGUUCCAACGACUCCAAAUGUUCUGUUGCUUCGGCAGAUAUUCGAGGCUGGCUCAAAAUCUCAUAACCUGAUUUACAGAGAACCGCCUGGCCAACCAGACUGUUCCCUAUCACAAUCAACCCCUUCUGGUGCAUCGAUCAACAGCUGAACCAGACGGCUUAUCCGGCACGCAGGGUCACACGGUUGGGUUGCUGUUGUAUUGUUCGUUGCUAUUGUCAUCAUCAUCAAUCACGCGGCGACAAAUGCCCAUGCUUGUCUCUUAUGCAGUUCUUCUGCAUCUCUUCUUCAACUGAUAGGCAUUUCUGAUUCUGAAACCUUGAAAUACCCGGUCCUCGCCGGAAAACUCGGUUCAUAUACUUUUGCUUGUUCGAUUUUCCACUCUCGGUUGCUGCAUCGACAAAUCGCGGGAGACGGGACGUCUAAGUCGUGGUGGGCUCAGCUCAGUCUCCAGAUAAACCUAAGCCCAGCUGGAGACUCGACUUUAGCGCUAGACCGCUAUUUUGAGUUCUUCCAAUUGGAGGCCUAUCAUUACACAUUCAGUUCAACAACAGAGGACAGAUGUUGUGAGCUGUUGGCAACGUCUUGUAGGCAUCUCAUAUCAACUCAUCUCCAAUUUGAAGACGAGAUAAUAACGGUAGCACCUAGAUUGUAACCCAAGUCCCUUAGCCCGUCUCGUUAAAGCAGUUAGUUCCACCUCAUCUUGUUGAUCGUUGGUAACUGUCAUCUGCACCAUCGAGGCACUCACAUCCGGAACCUUUCCUAUUUCGGUUGACGGGCGUUUCCCUACAUCGUCCUGCUCCUGCACUUUUCCAUGGAAACAAGUGUGAGGUGUGCCAGAAGGCAGGUACACUGAUCUAGGGACAGAGGUGGAAAGUGCGGGGGACUCAAUUACCCAUUACGCCAACAAUUCCCAGAGGUGCAUCAACCUACGUCUAGACUUGAGCUAACACUUCUUCUGUGACGCUGCUAUCCCUUUCAUUAUCGUCUUUGACUUGCAUUGCAUUGUUGGGAGUCAAAAGUCCGUCCGUUGUUGCCCGCUUCCUUCCUAACUAUUUUAACUUAUCACACCCCCGCUCUCGAAUUUAAAGAAGUUACUUUCCACCCCCUGACGAUGGUCAAGAAAGGCAACCACUAAUUUACCGAAUUAAGCAACUUUCCUCCUUCAUCUUAUACUUUUCUUUCUACCGUUAAAUUCAAUUAUCUUCAUACAAUCUUUUACUCCUAUUUCUCGCUAUUCACUUUCUACGAAACAUACCGCAGGCAAUCAUCACGACAGGGGUCAGACCACGUAGUUGGAGAUAAUAUCAACACCAAACAACGCGCGCGACACAAUCACCUCCAUGCCGUCUGUGACCCCAGUCAUGGUAAACGGGCUCAAUGGCAGCCAUGCCAACGGCAACGGCAAUAGUCACGGCCCUGCCUCUGAUUCCGGCUCCGAAACAUCUGGCGACUCCAGCAAUGGCAGUGCCCGUCGUCGCAUGAAGUUGAAUCGCAAAAUGUCUAGCCCCAUGGCACCUCCUUUCAUGGUAUCAGCACCAGGAAAGGUCAUUGUUUUUGGGGAACACUCCGUUGUCCAUGGAAAGGCAGCCAUUGCCGCAGCCAUCUCACUGCGGUCCUACCUUCACGUCACCACCCUCUCCAAGUCGAAACGUACCGUCUCGCUCCGAUUCGCUGAUAUCGAUCUCGUUCAUACCUGGAACAUCGACGACCUGCCAUGGGACGCUUUCCAACAACCCUCCAAGAAGAAGUCAUACUACUCUCUCGUAACAGAACUCGACCCUGAUCUUGUUGCGGCCAUCCAACCACACAUCGAAGUUGUCUCACCCAACCACCCAGAGGAGAUUCGGAGAGUUCAUCAUAGCUCUGUCUCAGCUUUCCUCUACCUCUUCCUAUCGUUAGGAUCGCCAUCUUUCCCCCCAUGUCUAUACACUCUCCGGUCAACAAUACCAAUUGGUGCUGGUUUGGGCAGCAGCGCGUCAGUUUCAGUAUGCCUUUCAGCUGCACUUCUGCUUCAACUACGGACACUAUCAGGCCCUCACCCAGAUCAACCUUCGGAGGAAGCACGACUUCAAGUCGAACGAAUCAACAGAUGGGCAUUUGUGUCAGAAAUGUGUAUUCACGGAAACCCUUCUGGCGUGGAUAAUACGGUUGCGACGCAAGGUAAGGCCGUGGUGUUUCAACGGACAGAUUACUCCAAACCACCGACAGUUCGACCAUUGUGGGAUUUCCCUGAACUGCCUCUGUUGUUGGUGGACACCCGGCAAUCCAAGUCUACCGCACACGAGGUUGGCAAGGUCGCAAAGCUGAAACAAACCCACCCUAAGCUUGUUGGCACGAUCUUGGAUGCGAUGGACAAGGUCACGGAUGCCGCUUCUGAGCUCAUUCACGACACUUCUUUUGACAGCAAUUCGGAGACGGACCUUAGCAAGGUGGGCGAGCUGAUGACCAUCAAUCAUGGCCUAUUAGUAUCACUAGGUGUUUCUCAUCCACGUUUGGAACGAGUGCGAGAACUCGUCGACCAUGAGGGUAUUGGCUGGACAAAGUUAACUGGCGCUGGCGGUGGUGGAUGUUCAAUCACUCUUUUACGACCCGGUGUACCCACAGAUAAGCUGCAAAAGCUCGAAGGACAACUAGAGUCUGAGAAUUACGCCAAAUUCGAGACGACCCUUGGUGGCGACGGUAUUGGCGUCCUUUGGCCAGCUGUCUUGAAGAACGGUACAGAGGAAGAUGACGAGGGCGGUAUGGAGAUUGAUCUUGAGAAGUUCUUAGAAGCUGAAGGCACUGAGGGUGUCGAAAAGCUCGUCGGAGUACAUGGCGAUACUGGGGAAAGAGAGGGAUGGAAGUUCUGGCGAGUUGAAAGCCAAUAAAUCACUAAUAAGACAGAACACGCUCAAGCUGUUGAGCAUUUACUCCGAUUUACACCAUCUGGUAAGCCAUGCAAGGUCAAACAUGACUAGGACUUGAAGUAGCAGUGGAAAAGGCCUGUUUGGUGGGAGUUUUUGGCAUAUAUAUGAUUAUAAUCUAGUAAUGCGACAUGUUCUUUCUACUCACUCCGUUAGGGCACCGUACUCCGGGUCUCUGGGCAUUCGAUGUUUAAUAGGACUACAAUUCAGGGCUUGAGGUAUCAAAUCAUAUCAUAUCAAAACAUCUCCAACUACUCCUUUGCGCUCUGACCGCUCUUCAGCAGUGUCACACGGUAUUUCCAAUAUCCCUCUCGUACAGGAUCCCAUUUCUCACCAAGUCGUCGUAGACACAGCUCAGCCUUUUCCUUGUCACCCUCUUCAUCAUACAAUUUGGCCAGGAAAUCAAGCGCAUGUGAACUGCGGACCUCUUCUGCUUCCUCUCCCAGUGCAGUGACAAACUUCUCGGCGAACUCUUUAAAGGAGGAUAGGGGACGAGAGCCCUUGGUCAGAACAGCAAAGACAUAGUUCCACGGAGACUGAUUCUGCGGCGCUAGAUCAAUCUUCUCUUUGGAGUAGUUGAUCUCUCGAUCAAUUGUCUCUGCUGGAACGCGGGGGUCUGCUUCCGUAGGUCCUGAUCCAGGGGUGGAGGCUGUGGGGUCUGAGAAGACAAGAUAGAAGCGGUGCGACCAAGCUGAGUUGUUUCGUACAUCCUCUUCAAUGUGGUUUUGGGUGGAAAGAAGCUCACUCAUAGUCCACAUGUACAACUUGGAGACGAGGUACUGGCGAUACGACCAAACAUGGUAGUUCUUGGCAUCUGAUUCCAGCAUCUUUGUGAUGAACUGCGUCUCAGAACGAGCCAGCUGACGAACAGUCGCAGUAUCCUCCUCGAUAAGAGGAUAGUAGUGGUCCAUCAGGAGCUGGCGAUGGUUCCAAAUCUGGUAGUUCUUGAGAUUGCUGAGAGCAACCUCGUUCAACCAUGUGAUCUCAUCAGGAAUGCUGAGCUUGAGUACCGAGAUGAUCUUGAAGCGGAACAACCAGACAGUGUAGUGUGCUGGAUUCAUGGAAAUGACGUGCUCUGUCAAACGCAGACUUCGGGGAGAGCAUUCGUCUGCAGCCAUGACGGCGCGAAGGUAGGAUACGGCUAUGAUGCUGUUCAGUCAGUCACUCCUUUAAGGCCUGGGCAUCAAAC